AUGAGAUUCCUCUCCCGGGUGAUCCUGAUAGUUCUUCUCGUCUUCCCCACCACGCUGCUGCUUGGGGAUGGCCCUGGAGGGUCAAUAGCUGUGGCCCAAGGUGCUACAGAGGAUGAAGAAGCAUUAGAAGAUACAAUAGUUGAAGAUGAAGAUGUUGAAGCAGAAAUAGAAGAAGAUGAACCCACAGAUUUGGUAGAAGAAAAAGAAGAUGUCUCUGGUGAACCUGAAGCCUCCCCAAGUACAGACACAACUAUCUUAUUUGUGAAAGGAGAAGAUUUCCCAGCAAAUAUUGUGAAGUUCCUGGUAGGCUUUACAAACAAGGGUACAGAAGACUUUAUUGUUGAAUCCUUAGAUGCCUCAUUCCACUCUCCUCAUGAUUACCAAUUUUAUAUCCAGAAUUUCACAGCUCUUCCUCUUAACACCAUAGUGCCACCCCAGAGGCAGACAACAUUUGAGUACUCUUUCAUUCCUGCAGAGCCCAUGGGUGGGCGUCCAUUUGGUCUAGUCAUCAAUCUGAACUACAAAGAUUUAAAUGGCAACAUGUUCCAAGAUGCUGUCUUCAUUCAAACAGUUACAAUUAUUGAAAGAGAAGAUGGUUUGGAUGGAGAAACGAUCUUUAUGUACAUGUUUCUUGCUGGACUUGGGCUACUAGUCGUUGUUGGGCUUCAUCAACUUUUAGAAUCAAGGAAGAGAAAAAGGCCAGCCCAGAAAGUAGAAAUGGGUACAUCGAACCAAAAUGAUGUUGAUAUGAGUUGGAUUCCCCAAGAGACUUUGAAUCAAAUCAAUAAAGCUUCUCCAAGAAGGUUGCCCCAGAAAUGGGCACAGAAGAGAUCGGUGGCAUCUGAUGAGUAA